UUGGAACUUCGUAUCAGGUUGAACUACCGAAAUGUCCAACACCAAGCCGCAUCAGAAGGCUCUGUUGCCAAACCCAUUUCAUUUGAGUGACUCUGAUAUCCUUGAAAAAGUUUAUCUAACCCACACUUACGAUGACGAAGUUUGCGAUAAGCAGAUACUUUUCAAUGUGGUCUCCAACGUUAUCUUGCUAUCUUCUCGCGUUGUUGAAACUGUUCUACUUAAGAGAGAAGGGCGCAAUGGAAUUAUCGAAAGCAAAUUUCCCAUAACCGAUUUCAAACCAGAAUUCCACAAACUGAAGCUGAUGUCAUGUCAGAUGAUAACAAUACCUUCUGGAGUGGAAAACGCACACCAAACAACAAUGAGGAUUCUUCAACAAUUAAGAACCUUCUCAUGGGAUGCAAAAGCACUAAUAGCUCUAGCAGCAUUCGCAUUGGAGUAUGGAAACUUUUGGAACCUGUACCAGCUGCCACCGUCAGACCAACUGGGAAACUCGUUGAAACUGUUGAAUCAAAUUCAGCACAGACAGAUUGCUAUUGUUGAUAUUAACAAUCUAGUGGGGCUGGUGAUGGAAGCUGUUCAGAAAAUCAAAGAGUGGGGAACAUGGACUGCUGAAGGUUAUGACACCGAGGAUGUUCCCUCUCUCUCGGAUGCACUGCAAGAGAUCCCCCGUGUUGUCUACUGGGCGGUUGCUUCCCUUGUCGCUUGCAACAGCAACUUCAUUGGUCUAUCGAACUAUUCAUUAGCAGAUUUCAGUGCCAAACUUUCUCCCGCUCUCCAAGAGUUGAACGGGCAUCUAGAGAUAUGCAAGCUCCAAAUAGAUGAUGUAGAAGACUAUUUGAGACGUAAGAGGAACUUUAGAAAGCCUAAAGAUGUUGUAGACUUUUUGAAGCUUUUGAUCCAUCGUGAUGAGUCUCAGGAUGCUCAAAUAUAUGAUGGCAGCACCCAAAAUAAAGUGGGUGUGGAAGUAUUCAAGCAGAAGCAUAUCUUGUUAUUCAUUUCGACCCUGGACAGUAUUGCAGAUGAGAUUCGGCUUCUGAAUUCUAUUCAGGAUAGACUUGUGGAGGAUCCGAAUGAUAACAAAGGUUUUAAGAAAGAAGAAUUCAAGAUUUUGUGGAUACCCAUUGUGGAUAGAUGGGAUGAUGAGCGCAGGGAAGUGUUUAAAGCUUUGAGGAAUGGCAUCAAAUGGUACUUUGUCGAUUACUUUUCUCCCUUACCAGGCAUCAGGCUCAUUAGAGAAGAUCUAAACUUCGAGAAUAAGCCUAUAGUUCCAGUGGUCAACCCUCAAGGCAUCGUGAUAAACAAUGAUGCCAUGGACAUUAUUUUCGAAUGGGGCAUCGACGCAUUCCCUUUCAGAAAAUCUGAUGGUGACAUGCUUGCUCAGAAAUGGAAAUGGUUUUGGGACGAAGUUAGGAAAACUAAUUUUGAUAUACAGGUGAAAGGGGACAGGUACAUUUUCAUAUUUGGAGGUAAUGAUGGUAAGUGGAUCCAAGACUUCACACUGGCAGUGGACAAAGUUAAGAGACACGAAACAAUAAAGAGGGCAGACGCUAUAAUUGAUUAUUACCAUUUGGGAAAGGAUGACCCCAAGAAAGUGCCACGAUUCUGGAUUGGCAUAGAAAGUAAGAGACAAAAGAAGCACUACGAGGUGUUGGACUGUGAGAUUCAAGAAAUUGUGAAGAGUUUGCUUUGUCUCAAGCAAGAUGGACAAGGAUGGGCUCUUCUUAGUAAAGGGUCCAAUGUCAAGAUUCUGGGUCACGGUGAACCAAUGUAUCAAACACUGGCAGAUUUUGAGAUAUGGAAAGAAAAAGUGCUCGUGAGAGAAGGCUUUGACAUAGCCUUCAAAGAGUACUACGAGACCAAGCUUAACGAUCUACCUGCCCCUCAACCAUGCGCAUUUAUGAAUGUUGAUAACUACACUUCAAAUGUCGUAGCAACCAUAACAUGCCCAAAUGCCUCUUGUGGGCGUGUGAUGGAGGUGACAUCGGUUAAUUACAAGUGCUGCCAUCGUGAUGGUUCAGACAGUGGUAAAGUCUGAGCCAUAGAACCAGGCUUGUUUUGGUGAAACAUCACUUUA